AUGACAUCUUUUGUGGAUAAUCAGUCUCUGACGAACUACCUAAUUAUUGACUAUGAUACUGACAAUGAGGAGGAUGAUGAUGAUGACUAUGAUGUUUUUCCUACUGCCAAUGAAUUUAUUUCGAAUGUUCCCAAAAAGAAUAGAAAAAGGGCCCGGAAAUGCGUGAAGAAAGGAUUCAUUUGCUGUUUCAAGACUAUAAAAUACACUUUUCUCUGUUGUCGUUGUGUUAUUGUUUGGAGAUGCCUCUGGUUAUUCGUAAUACUUCUAAUUGGACUCUUUCUAUUCACAUGCUUCUACUAUGACGAUGCCCGGAAAAUAUUUCAGUUUGUGUAUAUUGUGAUUGAGACAUCUAUUCAUUUCUUGAAGCCUACAAAACCUUGCAGAUCAAUAAACCGUCCCUCUUCCGUUCUUCACUUUCUGCAAAACUAUUCGUUCCACCCGCAAGCCUUUUUCAUCUAUAAAAAGGGUUGUGUUCGAUCGGUAAAAGGUGUUUUAUACCGACUUCAGAUGAAGUUGCUCCUUAUUUCUACCGUAGUCCUGAUCGCGUCGGUUUCUGCCAUCGGAAAUCUUUACAGUGGCGGUGGAAAACAAUGCACUGAAUGUCCACCAGGUUACGAUUAUUACAGUAGACAGCAUGAUCGAGGAUGGUGCAUGAAGUUCUUCCCAGGCAAUGUUACUUUCUUUGAAGCCGAGAAAGUUUGCAGAUGUCAAGGAGGAGCUACUUUGUCAGGAAUCGAAAAUACCAAAGAGUUGAAAAAACUCAGCAGAAAAAUCAAUGAAUACUUUGACGAGAACGGAAUCAAGUCUGGAGGAAUUUGGGUGGGAGCCUACCGCAGAAAAGAUUGUCGUGUUCCAAAGAGCGAAAAGAAGGCUGAAUGCACCAAGGAGUUCCAAUACCAAUGGACUGAUAGAAGCACGUUCGGAAGAGAUAUGUGGAUUAGUCAUUGGACAGAGGGUGCUCCACACAAUAAUGUUGUUGGAAACCAUUCUGAAUUCUGUGUCCAACUUCAAGUGACUGAUCCAACCAAGACGGCUCUCAAUGAGCACUUUGAUAACAGAAUCUGCGUGCACCGAGAUGGUUCAUCUGCUUUUGAAACCGAAGGAUUCAUUUGUGGAAGACCCCCAAAGUGUAAGGGAGGUUACAAUGGUGGAUACAGUGGCGGAGAUGGAGUCAUUGUCAUUGGAGCAGCUAGACCAACCCAAAAACCUUAA